AUGCCCCCGAGCCUGCACCCCCAUCUCCGCCACCUCGCCGCCGCCGCCGACAACGACUUCUACACCUGUCCCGACGACGUCAUUGAAGAGCCGCCCCUCGACUUCCACGACGCCGGCCUGCGCGCCGCGAAGCGCACGAGGGUCGAGGCCAUUGCCGCCCAGUAUCUGCGAGGCCGCCCGCCCGUCAUCCUCACCGCCAGCCUGCGGGGGCCGUUUGACAAUGGCUGGAAGAAUCCAUGGGCCAAGUCGAAGAAAGAGAAGCAGCGCGCGUUGGGUAGGAUUGGAAAAGGCAAAGCGGCACGGCCAGACGAUGCGAGACCGAAGAGAAGAGGCAGCAGGACACAGUCGACCGCGCGCAGUGUGGCGCCCUCGAUAGCGUCGCCAGAAACUUCGCGGGCUACGAGGGACAUGAACCUGAGCGCGCGCGAGCACGACACCAGCCUCCACGACGUCCAAGUCCCGCCCUCGACUGCCCCGUUGCCGGGCGGAGACAGUGCGUGUCCCACAGCAGAGCCCUUCAGCGCCGACACGGGACCACGUAUACACCGCCAAUCGCCCUCGACGAAUCCGUUCUGGCUGCGACGCCCGGAUUCAGCAAGAGUCGACAUGCGCAGAGCUGCCAAUGAGCACCCCGACACGUCGCCGACACGCUCUCGGUCCCGGCACCACGACUCGCAGACGGAAUCUGUAGCAGAGCUGCAGGUUAGUCUGCCCAAAGGACCCGUCCAACUGCAAAGACAAUCGCCGAGAGUGCUUUCGCCACAUCACGGCAGGUCCAGUGCCUCUGCUUCCAUGGACAUUUCGUCGCCAGCCAGAGACAGCCAUGUCCCAAGCAGUGCAAUGCAACACCAAGCGCAGUCUGCCACGCCGCCCCACAGCACUCAUCCAGGACAGCGUUCGCAGCGAACCAUACCAAUAGUCACGUCGUCAAUGGGCAGCCAAUCCAGAAAGACGGGGAAAGCAGGCGAUGCUGGCGGCAAACCCCCCAAACCAAGGCCAAGGGCGGUCAAUUUCGACUCUUCUCCUGAAAAGGGUUCGCCCACUACAGAGCAAGGUCACGAGGCAUCUACCCUCGGGGGAUUUACAGAUGCGGCAGAGUCAACAGAAGCAAGUAUAGCGAGUCCAGAGCCAGUCGAGGAUGCUACAGACGUGUCGGAGAAUGGGGAGGUGGACAAAAGUGGUGCAAGCCGAGAAUCGGAAUGGUCUACACAGGCGGCCAUGGUGCGAGCUCAGCUAGAGUUCCAGCAAAGCACGUUUCCUGCGCUUUCGCCCGCGACGCUUGCCGCAGAGUCGCAAACACCACUCAUUACACCUCGUGCCAUGACGGGCGUCUCCAACGCAGCAACUACACCCCUUAGGGCCUUGAAUGUGCCACGAGACGAGGCAUUGCCAAAUGGGGGCGUAUCCCGCGGCCCUCCCAUCAGUACGCAGGAUCUCUUUGGGGCGGCUUCUCCCUUUUCGUUCAGCACGGCCAAGAAGAAGACAGAGGAAGCACUAAAGCCCAGUGAGGCCACGCCCAGUGGCAGUGUCAAGGGCGAGCGGAUCCCGCUCAAGGACAAGAAGACGAUGUCGUCGUUUUGGAGCUUCGUGACGGACAAGGCAUCGCAGGGAUCGCCGGGAUGCUUGGGCGAGCGAUCGCGAUGCUCGGUAAGAGAGAUUGAGGCGCCCCACGUGAAUAGGGAUACGUCACUCGACGACUUUGGCCGGCAUUUCACGGGGGCCUUUUUGCCACAGAUAGGAGGAACAUGGCGGGAAGAAGAAGCAAACGAGAAAGGCGCUAGCCCCAGCACUAACACGACUGCUGCCCUCCCCCCGCCGCCGCCCCUGCUCCCUCCAUCCCGCCGCCCUCUCCGCCGCGCCCGACGACCCACGACACUCGACGCCCGUCGCUCGACCGACCGCAUCCUGGCCUUCCCUCCCACCGCCCGUCCGGCAACAUCUGCCACACAUCCCGCCACGAGGUGCUCUGCAGACGGUCGAAUCAAUGUCGAGCCCAUGUCACCCCAGCCCGCCGUCCAAGGAAAUGCCUCGCCCCCCGCAUCGGUGAGGUCCAGCGCCAGCCGUCGCCAUCAUCAUGAGGCUCCCGCCCCGGCCUCCGCCACCGCUGCUGCCCCCGACGCCCCCGCCCACGCCCGCACGCCCACGCCCAAGAGCCUCUCCCAGACGGGCCGCUCGCGGACGGCGCCCCUGGCCCACGACGGCGCCCUCUGGACCUCGUCAAUUGACCGCCCCCAGCUCGACGAGCGCGACAGCAUCUUUGCAACCACGUACCGCGCCUCGGACAGCCCCAUCUCGUCUCCGCGCGCCACCGCUCCCUCUCUCGACACGCUCCACCAUGCCCCCCAGCACUCGCUGUCCGACAUGGCUGCCCCAGCUGCCCCCCAGCGGCGAGUGAUGGACCCGCCCAUUGUCCGCAGAAAGCACUCGACCAUCCCCCCCGCCACCCCAAUCGACCACCGCGCUGUCCUGACCACUCCCUUCAACCCCUUCAAUCCCCGCACCGCCACGGCUGCCGGCCUGUGUCUGGAGCCUGCCCACCACAGCCCCCCGCCCUACAUGAGCCCUGUCGACUCGCCCGUCCAGCGCCCCGUCACGCCCCACCACCCAGAGCUCCAGUCCACGCUCGAGGAUGCCUUCCUGGACAGCGAGGAGCGCCGCAGGAACAGGGAGUGGCGCGAGGGCAAACCCAUGCCGUUCAAGGGCAACAUGGUGCUCGACACGCCCGUCAUGGACGUGGAAAUGGAAAAGAAGAUUGAGGCCACACUGGCCAAGACGGAGCAGCACACAUCAGCCCGCAGCCGCAAGGCGAGUCACUAUCUGCGUGUGUUCAAAGACGGCGACCCGUGUGAGGAGCCCAAAAAGAAAGACAAGUCGGCCAAGGACCGCUUGCCCGCCGAACGCUCCCUGUCGACGCUGUCAGAGGAGGCCUCGGUAAAGUUCAGUGCCGCCGAAACAAGCAACCUCACUGAGCAACUCCGCCAGGCAUCGCUCGCUUCGUCGGCGGUCCAGUCGCCCAUCGGCGGUCCGCCCGACUCGUACUUUGAUGCAAACUCGGGCCCGCCCACACAGGCAGGCAUCGUCGUCACGCCCCCUUCUCAAGCAAGCACACGGCAAGACCAAGCCAAUGCGGAAAAACGCCAGCUCCCGCGGCGUCUGCUGGAAGACAUUCGCGGCUUUGGCCAUCUCAGUCCUGGCGCCGACAAGCGGUCGCCCUUGGCGCGCAGUCUUCCCACGUCAGCCGUCGACAAGGUGCACGCCCAUGCCCCAGCCAACGCCGCCCUGCACUAUGAGGAGCCUUGCGACUAUUUCCAGGCCAAAGAAGGAAGUAGCGCAGAGCGCACGCCGGGCUCGGAGGAAGAGGAAGAAUCGGAGAAGGAACAGAUUUCCUCGGCACUCUACUUCCCCCACCGGCGUCUGAAGACGGGCGAGCAGGCCCCCAAAGAACCAGGCAGCCGGGAUAGAGAGGUAAAUGCUGUCGAGAAGAGGGCUUCGGUGCACGAGAGUGCGCGGCCCAAGGGCUGGGCUACGGAAAAGCAAGUUCAGACCCCACAAGAAGUAGAAAUUUCUCUACAGUCCAAAGAUACAAAUCAAUGCCUACAUGGUGACAUCUCCGCGGCGACUGCUGCACAGAAAGACAAAGAUCAGCCGCUGACGCCCUCGGCUAUUGAUUCGCUUUCGGCUGAAUCGGAGCCUGAGUCGCUCGCCGAGUCCACGCAUUCACUUCUUGGCUAUGAAUCCAGUGCGACUGAUGAUUUAGGCACGACGCCCACUGCAACAAGACAGAAACAAGAGUCCAAAGCUGCCCCGGCCGCGCCAUCCCAUCCCCCCGCUCCGCUCGGGGCCGUGGAGCUGAAACCGUACGAUCAUCAGGUGGGCGGCCACUCGACCGUCUACCGCUUCUCGCGGCGAGCAGUCUGCAAGCAGCUGAACAACAGGGAAAAUGAGUUUUAUGAAACAGUCGAGAGACAGCAUCCAGAGCUGCUCGAGUUCUUACCAAGGUAUAUUGGUGUUUUGAACGUGACGUAUCGCAAGGCGCCCAAGAAGAAAAAGGCACACAAGGACAAGGCCAAACAAGACGCUAGUCAUGUCACAUCGGCGACGCAAUCCGAUCACACGUCGAGACAGGCGUCUACGGCCCCUCAUGAUCCAGCCAAACCGGAGCCCACACGCAUGGUUAGUCAUUCGCAGCAGAUCAUGCCUACCCCUCAGGUCAUCUUCGAAAACAACCGACACAUCAUCCCUGAUAACUUGUUUCGUGUACCGCCGCGGUCCACGACACCUGAUCCCUGGAUGCGGAACUCGUACUUGUCACAGCAGCAUCGCCGGUACCAGAGCGAAUACGGAUACCCUUCGAGAAGCCCGUCGCGACCACCGUUGCCGCACGCCAGCAGCUGGGGUGUCACGACGAUUAAUCGAAAGCUGCAGGAAGAAGUCCUUCGUCAGGUGUUUGCGCCCCCAACCAUACGCCAUCGGCCGCGCCAUCACCAUCACCACCACGGCAUAUCUUCACGCAAUGUAGGAGAACAGUCCACGGUAGGCUCCGCGCCUACCAUAAGGAGGAACAGCACAGACGUUGCUACAUUGCAAUCACAGCCUCCAGAAGAAUCAACAAGAAAGCAGGUCUUGAAAGCAGAAGCCCGCCGUCACGCCUCAGCCGGCGGCGCUGAGUUUGCCGGCUCUGGCCCGCUUGCAGGCGGCUCAGUGCCCAACGACGAAGCACUAAAACCACCCCCGAGCAAUCUGCCUCGACGCCGUCAUUCAGGCAGUGGGCUGCUCAGAAGGCCUCUUGGAAUCGAUACUGUACAGAGACACGGCCUCGAGUACUAUGAUGAAGAUGGCUAUGGUGGUGACGCAGAAGAGGAGGUUUUUAGGAUGGACGAAGACUCCAAAACUGGCGACCAGGAGAGGGGCCGGUCGUUGCACAAUUCUAGGACGCCAAAGCCACAGCAUCCUGAUGAGCAGAAACAGCCCUCUGGGGAACCAUCAGAGGGUACCAUGCUGCCAGCUCCUGUUGUGCCAAGUGACAUGGGCGCCCCGCCCAGUGAAGAGCCAAGCAACCCUGAAAAUGCGCUACAACCAUCCGACGAGCGUGUCCAACACUUCAUCCUUCUUGAGGAUCUGACUGCAGGCAUGGCCAGGCCAUGUGUGUUGGAUCUCAAGAUGGGCACACGUCAAUAUGGUAUCGAAGCAGAUGAGAAGAAGCAGCGUUCCCAACGGCGCAAGUGCCAGAUGACGACCAGUCGGGAACUCGGUGUGCGUGUCUGUGGCAUGCAGAUCUGGAACGUCAAGACCCAGAGCUACAUUUUCGAAGACAAGUAUUUUGGUCGCGACUUGAAAGCUGGAAAAGAGUUUCAGGACGCACUCAAGCGCUUCUUUUGGGACGGAACUAGCUACAAGGCGGCUAGCAAACACAUUCCCGUCAUACUGGAGAAGAUUAGUCAGUUGGAGCGCAUGAUCAAAAACCUGCCUGGAUACCGGUUCUACGCCAGCAGCUUGUUGAUGUUGUAUGAUCGUGGCGACGGCGAAUCAAAGGACGUCGUGGGCUCUCAAGCCAAUGGUCAUUCUAGGAAAGGCGAAGACUCGGUUGCAUCUGGACUCACCUCUCCUGGACCAGCAGCCGCCUCUCAUCCGACGCAUGAGAAGCACCCUGAGAUCAAGCUCAAGAUUGUCGAUUUCGCCAACUGUGUAACUGCAGAAGAUCCCUUGCCCGAAGACCUUCCCUGUCCCCCGGAAAACCCCAAUGGCAUUGACAGGGGUUAUCUUCGUGGCCUGCGCUCGUUACGCCUCUACUUUCAGCGCAUCUGGAACGACAUCAACGAGGAGUGGGUCGAGCGCGGCGAGGGCGAGGGCAUGGCGCGCAAUCAUCACCACGGUCCUGGUCUGGGCGAGGUUGGUGCCGGCUGGAUGGACGACACUGGAGGCGAAGACACUGGCUACGUCAGUUUCUGAGCAUAUCACCAUGGCUCGACACUGCUCGACACGCAAUGAGUUUUGUGAGUCUGAUUUUCUGUUUAUACACCAGCGCUUUCAGUUCGCUAUGACAGUAUCAUCCGUUUUUUUUUCUUCGUUUCGGUUGUUCGUUUCCUCCACAUCUUUUUUGAGCAUGGCGUUUUGGCGAACCAUGGAAAGACAAAGCCCUUUUUUUUAAUGAAAAAAAUUCGUUACUUCUGGCAUACUUUCGGGAGCCGGCGUAGCAGUUUUUUUUUGUUUUUUUUUUGUUUUUGCGGUGUAAGGAAAGAUAAACUUGCGCUGGUUUUCG